AUGAGGGUUCAGAAAGUCGGUCCUCGAGCCAAGCUCCGAUCAAGCCACCAUAGUCCUCGCAACCAUCAAAUGGUCGAUAAAGGGUUCUCAGAAAUUAUCAAUAGUGGCCCUGGAGACCCUGGAAGGCCAUCACUACGAGACCUUGUCGCCGAUUUCCUCACAGGCGACGGUCUCGUCGCCUACGAUCGAAACCACAGUCUCAUCCCCCGCAUCAAUCGAGACACCCAUAUCAUCACAAUCAAUGGCUGCGUAAAGAAACAGCUCAAUAUCACCAUCAAAGACCUCGAAGCUCUUCCUCAGCAUAAAGUGGUCGCUGCUCUCCAAUGCGCAGGUAAUCGUCGCCACACGAUGCGCACGCUUCAGAAAGAAGUCGUUGGUAUCAAUUGGCUCGAUGGAGCAGCUAUGAAUUGUCGAUGGAAAGGUCCAAGAGUGCGCGAUGUACUUGCUCUUGCAGAGAUCGAGAGUGUAGAAAGUGAGAAGGAGAUGCAUGUCGCAUUUAAUUGUAGGAGUGUUCCUUGUGAAGACGAUGAGUACUUUGGGAGCAGCAUCACGCUUGAUGCUGCGAUGAGUCAGGAGAAGGAAGUCAUUCUAGCAUUGGAGAGAAAUGGGCAAAUAUUGUCCCCGAGAUUCGGAUUUCCAGUGAGAAUGAUUGCUCCAGGUAUCAUUGGAGCUCGGGCAACGAAAUGGUUAGAUGAGAUUACAGUCCAGGACAAAGAAUCUCAGAAUGCCUAUCAGAGUCGGGAUUACAAGAUUUUACCCGAGACAGUCCAGACCAAAGAACAGUAUCUCGCAAACGACGGCGCAAUUUGGGAUACUGUUCCAGCCAUGCAAAGGUCACUCAUCAACUCAGUAGUUGCAUAUCCAACUCAAGACGACACAGUAACGCUUGAUGCAGAUGGCAUGAUUGAAGUCAAAGGAUACGCUAUUCCAGGUGGAUACGAUGGACCAGUGGUUGGCGUUCAGGUCUCUGGAGAUGGAGGAAGUACUUGGGUGACAGCUGACUUUGUUGGGACGCCAACGAAGUUUUCUUGGGCUAUCUGGAAAGCGAGGGUAAAGCUCGAACGUGGUGAAAAUCGAUUCAUAUGGAGUCGAGCCACUGAUGCAGGGGGUAAUACACAGCCCAAAAUGUCUGCUUGGAAUAUCAGAGGUGUUGGGUAUAAUGGCUAUGGCGACGCAAGAAAUCUGACAGUGUUGUAA